AUGCAUUCUAAAGCACUGUCCUUGGCACUUUUGAUACAUCUCUUAUUCCACACGUCAGCAACCUGUCGGUCGUAUCCCCAAGUUACCGCGGUUGCAGGUGAGCCUUUCUAUUUGAAAUAUUGCGUGUCUUCAUCUGAGCAUCAUCAUGAAAACGCCACCACAAGAUGGUACAAAAGCAAUGGGGCGCUUGAAAAGAUUGAACUAAACCCAAACAAUUCACCGAGAACUGCUUUUCAUGAUUAUGCUUUGGAAUUUUGGCCAGUUGAAUUGGAUGACAGUGGAUCUUACUUUUUGGAAAUGCAAAAUGAUACUUGGGAAUGGAAUUUAAACGUUAUCAGAAGAAAUGAACACAGCUGUUUUACUGAAAAACGAAUAAAUAGGAAAACUGUGGAAGUUAAAAAAGCUUUGCAGUUAAUGUGUGAAAAUUCUUACUACAAAAAAUGGGUCAACAGAACAUCAUUCUAUAAGAACUGUGAACAGAUAAUAGAGAACAAUGAAAACCCAUUUAUUUCUAUGAAGAAUGCAGAGUUUGAAGAUCAGGGAUAUUACACCUGCAUGCUUUCCCUUGAUUAUAAUGGAAAACUCUUCAAUGUCACCAACACCUUCAAUGUAACAAUAGCUGGAGAUCACAAUAAUAUAAUUCCAGUUCUUUAUGGACCGAAAAUUAAUCAUGUUGAAGUGGAAUUAGGAAAAGAUGUUGAGCUUAAUUGCUCUGCUUUGCUGAAUAAAGAUGAUGUGGUUUAUUGGAGCUUCUGGAAAGAAAAUGAAACAGAUCACAAUGUACAUGAAGAGAAGGAGCCAAAAAUAUUUAGUACCCCAGAAGGCAAACAGCAUGCUUCGAUAUUACUGCACAUAAGGAAUAUUAAUGAAAAUAAUCUAAAUUUUCAGUAUAAUUGCACUGUGGCUGGCGGGGGAGGCACAGACACCAGAGUCUUCAUCUUGUUGAGAAAAGAUGUUGUUGAUAUCCCAGGUCACAUUUUCACCAAAGGAAUGAUAGUAGCUAUUUUCAUCUUGGUGUUAAUUGUAUCCAUAGUGAUUGUGUGUACUGUUUAUAGAGUUGACUUGACUUUAUUUUAUAGAAACUUACUUGGAAGAGAUGAAACAUUAGCAGAUGGAAAAACAUACGAUGCUUUUGUGUCUUACCUUAAAGAAUGUCGACCAGAAAAUUAUGAGGAGUACACUUUUGCUGUGGAGAUUUUGCCCAGGGUGUUGGAGAAACAUUUUGGGUAUAAAUUAUGCAUAUUUGAAAGGGAUGUAAUGCCUGGAGGAGCUGUUGUUGAUGAAAUCCAUUCACUGAUAGAAAAGAGCCGGAGACUAAUCAUUGUCCUAAGUGAAAGAUACAUGUCUAAUGAAGUCAGAUAUGAACUUGAAAGUGGACUCCAUGAAGCACUGGUGGAAAGAAAAAUUAAAAUAAUCUUAAUUGAAUUUACACCUAUUAGCGACUUAAUGUUCUUGCCCGAGUCAUUAGAACUUUUGAAAUCUCAUCAAGUUCUUAAGUGGAAGGCUGAUAAGUCUCUUUCAUAUAACUCAAAGUUCUGGAAAAAUCUUCGCUAUUUGAUGCCUGCAAAAACGAUCAAGCCAAGCAGGGAUGAAUCUGAAGUUUUGCCUAUUCUUUCGCGGAUUUGA